AUGCUGCUGGCCCUGGGGCUGCUCUGGGCCGCCCUGGCCCCGGCAAGCUGCCUGCCCCUGCGGCAGGCGCCCGCCCGCAGCAAACUGCUGCUGGUGUCCUUCGACGGCUUUCGCUGGGACUACGACCAGGACGUGGACACGCCCAGCCUGGACGCCAUGGCCGCAGAGGGGGUGAAGGCCAAGUACAUGACUCCUGCCUUCGUCACCCUCACCAGCCCCUGCCACUUCACGCUGCUGACCGGGCGGUACCUGGAGAACCACGGGGUGAUCCAUAACAUGUGGUUCGACACCAAAACAGGUGUGAGACUGCCCUACUACACCACCCAGGGCAUCAGCAGCUGGUGGGACAACGGCAGCCUCCCCAUCUGGAUCACUGCCCAGAGACAGGGUUUGAAGACAGGCUCUAUCCACUUCCCUGGAACCAAAGCAAAAUACAGAGGGGAAGAAGUGUACAAGAAGCUGGUGGAACCCCCGCUGUUCAACUACAGCAACGAAACCAACUGGAGGGAGAGCAUCGACACGGUCAUGGAAUGGUUCACAGCGGAGAACCUCGACUUCAUCACGCUCUACUUCGGGGAGCCAGACUCCUCAGGACACAAGUUUGGCCCUGAAUCCACACAGAGGAAAAACAUGAUCAAGCAGGUGGACAGAACCGUGGGGUACUUGAGGCAGCGCAUCCGGGAAAGCGGCCUGGAGCCAAAGCUCAACCUCAUCGUCACGUCUGACCACGGCAUGGAGACCGUGCUAAAAACCGACGAGAUCCACCUCCGCACCGUCAGCAACUUCUCCUUCAAAGACCUCGACUUUGAACUCUUAGACUAUGGACCAAGUGGACUCCUGGUGCCAAAAGAAGGGAAACUGGAGCAUGUGUACUCAGUCCUGAAAAACGCCCACCCAAAGCUGCACGUGCACAAGAAGGAAGAGUUCCCAAAGAGAUUCCACUACGCCAACCACUCCCGGAUCACGCCGCUCCUGCUGUACAGCGACCCAGGCUACGUGAUCCACGGGAGGUACAAGGUCCAGUUCAACAAAGGGGAACACGGGUUCGACAACGAGGCCAUGAACAUGAAAACCAUUUUCCGUGCCGUGGGGCCGGCCUUCAGGACGGGGCUGGUGGUGGAGCCCUUCGAGAGCGUCAACGUCUACGCGCUGCUGUGCGAGCUGCUGGGCAUCACCCCCGAGCCCCACGACGGCUCCCUGGAGGUCACCAAGCCCAUGCUGCGGGACCCGACGGAACCGACGGAACCGACUGAACCGACUGAACCGACUAAACCGACUGAACCGACUAAACCAACUAAACCAACUGAACCGACUAAACCGACUGAACCGACUAAACCAACUGAACCAACUAAACCGACUGAACCGACUAAACCAACUAAACCGACUGAACCGACUGAACCAACUGAACCGACUAAACCAACCGAACCAACUAAACCGACUGAACCGACUAAACCAACUAAACCAACUGAAGCGACUAAACCGACUGAACCGACUAAACCGACUGAACCGACUAAACCAACUAAACCGACUGAACCGAUUGAAACGACGACCCCUGGGGGCAAUGGUGAGCACCGGGACUCAUGGGGGGGCAGCGGGAGUGGCAGCAGGCACCGGCCGUGA